UUGCCCAUUCUACAGCCCAUUUAGGCCGUCGCCUACCAGUCUCGUGCUAACUCCUGCACAUCACCGCCGCCGCCGCCAGCACCGACGCCGAAGAACGGCCGGCAAAUGGCCUUGCCGGCGAUCCCCAACGAGCUCCUAGCGGAUAUCUUCCUCCGCCUUUCCACCUCAGAGGACCUCAUCCGCGCCUCCGCCGCCUGCUUUUCCUUCCGCCGCCUCGUCGCCGACCGCGCCUUCCUCCGGCGCUUCCGCAAGCUCCACCCUCCGCCCCUCCUCGGCUUUUUCGACUACAGAGGCUUCCACCCCGCCGAACCGCCUCAUCCCUACGCGCCGGCGGCCAGCGCCGUCGCCGACGACGACCUCAACUUCGGCUUCCUCCCCGGGUCCUCCUUGGACUGGACCAUGCGUGAGGUCCGCGAUGGCCGCGUCCUCCUCGACAGACCCGGCCGUCACGAGCCCCUCUUCAAGGAGACGGUGGUGUGCGACCCCCUGCACCAGCAGUACCUCCUGCUUCCCCCGAUCCCCGGUGACGUAGCCGCUUCGGUUGCGGUCCAACUCCUGAUAGAAAGGGGGGGCUUUGCCGAUUGCUUCCUCGUCCCUUCCGGCGACAAAGAAGAGCCAGACGCAACGGAGGAGACGUCGUUCAGAGUGAUCUGGCUGGUGGUGCUUGAAAAUAAACCGGUCGCCCUUGUCUUCUCUUCCUGCACAGGGCAAUGGCGAGCCAUUACACCCCUGAUUUGGAGCUUACCUGGCUUACAGUUAUCGACAUGGAAGUUUUGGUUCGUGUCGCGCCAUUACGCACAUGGCUGCUUCUACUGGAUUUCAGGUGCUUCUACUGGAUUUCAGGUUCGAUUGAAAAAUUGCUCAUGCUUGACAUCCGGCGGAUGGAGUUCUCCAUGGUUGAUCACCCACCCUGUGCCAGACAUUUGGGCGAUGAUGUGGCCAUCGCGGAGGCAGGCCAAGGCAGGACUCUGAUGUUUGUGCCUAAACCGGACACAAAACGCCGUAUUUAUAAUCGUUUGGUGGCGAAGCAAUGGUGGGAAUUCCACCCAGUGGCAGAUGGAGAAGACAAUCUCGCUGGAUUCUGACUGCUUAAUUGAGGGUGCAGUCGGGAGGCACUUGCUCCUAUAUUAUGUCGGAGUCUCAUCGGGCAAGCAAGGUUGUUACACGCAGGACGUCGACACAUUGCAGCUUGAGAGGGUGUGUUAUUCAUGUCCAAAACAGUCAGAAGUAUAUUGCAACUUCCCACCAUCGUUAUUAUCAUCACCGACAGUGUCAAGUGUCCCACACCACGCUGACCACCGAGGAGUGGACUGCCGGCACCAGAACCACGAGAAGCUGACCUCGCCAGGGAACUGCCGUGCAAGCGCCGUCGUCGCAGCGGCCGCUCGGGCUCCAGAACCCGUGGAGGCGGGUCGCGAUGGACGGGGAGAAGGAGGCUGAGGCUUGACCCGUGGUGGAUGAGGGCCUGGGGGCGGAUGAGGAGCCAAAUCAAGGUGUUGUCCAGGAUGGCUGCGACCAAGUCCUUGGGCGGCACGGGCUUGCCUUGACCAGGAUGUGCUAGCUGAUGGGGACAUGGAAUGGCUCGAUCCUUUUUGUAAGGUUUAUACGAUUGGUCUGCUGCGUGUUGAUCCUUUUUGGUUCGAAAACACAAAAUGGUACCGUUGUCAACACGCAAACGGCAUCAAGCUGCGGUCUUCUAGAGCCAGUGUAGAUCGACUGCUGCACGGCUAUGUCGCUGUGAGGAUGGUGCUGUGAUCAUCGUUUUCAAUCGCUUCUCAGUAUUGGUCUAUCUGAUUUCUUUGAGUUACCUUCUAGGGAUCUAGAGAUUUUUUUCCAUCCAAGCAUGAAUUGCAAUACUUGAACUUGAUUCUUGUUGGUCCACUUGUUCGA